AGAUGAACAUCAAUGUUUUCUUCGUAAUAUUCCUGAAGGAAAGCAUAGCAAUAAUUAUAUUUUUUUCGAUUUUGAGACGCAGCAAAAUACAGGGGAACACCAAGUAAAUUUUGCAGUUGCCCAGUACACAGAUGGACAGGAAUUCAUUUUCACAGGCAACAACGCCCUCGAAAAAUUUUGUACAUUUUUGUUUAAGAAAGAACAUAAAUCAUUCACAGCGAUAGCCCAUAAUUUGAAAGGUUUCGAUGGACAGUUUAUAUUAGGAUACUUGCUGAAAAAUGGUCAUCAACCAAAAAUUGUACCAAACGGGUCCAAAUUAAUGAAAAUCUGCCUGCCAUCAUUAGAUAUACGUUUAAUAGAUAGUUUCAACUUUUUACCUCUACCCUUAAGCAAAUUUCCGAAAACAUUUGGUUUUGAGGAACUCACCAAAGGUUACUUUCCACAUCUAUUCAAUAUUCCUGAAAACGAAUUUUAUAGAGGUCCAUUACCUGAUGCCAAGUAUUAUAGCCCGGAUACAAUGACUGUUGAAGGCCGGCGGGAAUUUCUGUCGUGGUACAAAAGCAGGAAAGAAUACUUUUUCGACUUUCGGGAAGAAAUUUACAAGUAUUGCAAAUCUGAUGUAGACAUUUUGAGACGGUGUUGUCUCAGUUUUAGAGAGGAAUUUAUUUCUGCAACGAAGAUCGAUCCCUUUCAGUACACUACAAUAGCUUCAGCUUGUAUGGCUACUUACAGAUCACAAUAUAUACCUCCACAGACAAUUGGACUGGUGCCAGUUCAUGGUUAUGUAAAUCGUACAAAUCACAGCAUAUCAGGAAUUCAGUGGAUAGAUUUUAUUGCUUUAAAGGAAAAAAUUCAGAUCAGACAUGCUCGAAAUGGUUUUGGCGAGCAAAAGAUUGCAAACAUUUCUGUGGACGGCUUCUGUGAAACCAAUAAUACUGUCUAUCAGUUUUACGGUAAAUAUCUUUAAAAUGCUUUUCAUUUUUUCAGUUAUUUUCUAAUUUUUAAGAUACCUCGAUUUAGACUGUAAAAAACUGAUUUUAUUUUAAGGAUGUUAUUGGCAUGGAUGUAAAAGCUGUUAUCCUCAGCAAGAUGCCAGAAAUGCUGUAAAGGGGUGUUUCAUGUGGGAACUUUCUGUCAGCACAAAGAGAACAUCGAAAAUCAUUCAACGCAUGGGAUAUAACUUGGUAACCAUUUGGGAGCAUGAAUUUAAUACCAUGAAGAAAAAUGAUGAGGAGCUGAGGAAUUUUUUGAAAGAUCAUAGUUUAGUAGAGAGGUUAAAUCCAAGAGACUCAUUUUUCGGAGGGAGAACGAAUGCUGUAAAGCUAAUGCACGAAGGAAAAAUUAAGUACAUAGACUUCACAAGUUUAUAUCCGUGGGUUAACAAGUGUUGCAGGUAUCUGUUUUUUUUUCCUUUAAUUGUUAGAGCGAUUCAUGUAAUUAAAACAUUGAUUUAUUAUAAAA